ACACAUUCACUCGUCGGAAGAUCCAUUUUGUUAUAGGCAACCAUAUAAGGUUUCUCUAAAUCGUUUGUAAAAGAAAAACAAUGGGUCGUCUAGUUUUCUCUCCUUAACCUUUCCAUCUAUUCAAGAAGCUGAUCUUCUCAUGCGAAGUGUCAAGCGUAUCAAAGACACAAAUGCAAAUUCGGUUACAUUGCCUACAGAUGAAGCAAUGGUGGAAGUUCCAAAUUUGAUGCUAUCUUAUAGGGAUAAACUUCUUUUGGAUGGAGUUCCUGAGGAAGCUAAUGUGGAUCUAUCCUCUGAUGCUAUUCCAGAGUUUCUAGAGGAAGAAUUGGACGUUGAUGAUGAUCCAAACGACCCAAGACCCAUUGUCUUGUUUUCUAAGGAGGAAAAGAUGAGGAUGCGGGAACCGUGGAAGAAUUCUCUUAUUAUUAAGACUAUUAGCAAAAUUGUGGGAUAUAAUUUUCUAUACUCCAGGAUUAAAGCACAAUGGAAGGCCACAACAAAGAAGAAACCACAAGGUAGUAGAUCGAGUAACAAAUCGGCGUUCAUCGUCUCUCCAGCAGAUUGGUAGUUAACAGGCAGUAGCAGGCAGCAGCAGAUCAAUGUUCACCCACCAGCCUUGAUCCACCACCACAAGGCCUCAUUGUCCAUCCGAGGCUGCUGCCGGCAAGCUCAUUGUCACUGGCUUUCAAUUUCUCAACAAUUUCUUGAAACUGUUGGAGUUGGACAAUGCUUCUGAAAUCUAUUUCUCCACUGAAAUAGAAAUCAAAAUUUUUU